AUGGACUCGGAGAACAGGCCGAAGAGGCUCUUCCCUCCCAGGGCAGGCACCCCGAUGUUGGAGGGGGCAAACCAGCUGCAAGGUUGGGGGAGAGGGGUGGGAGGAGGGUGGAUGCUGAGGGUCCAGGUCUGGUGCAAAGCGGGCAGCGGGUGUGGGGCCCAGAGUGGUGUUGUAGGGGUCCCAAGCAGGGCAACAGGAUCACAUCACACCACGAACCGCACCCAUGCAAGCUCCGAUGACGACCGCGACAUCAUGCCGAGGCACCUUCCACGCACCCCAGGAAGCCGGCCAGGAUGA